AGCAGCACAGGCACAGGGGUGGUGGGAGCACCGCUGGCCCAGCUCCCUGGGCACCCGCAGCCUCCCCGUGUCCCAGCUGGGGACAUUGGCUGGGUUUCUGCAGGCUGAGGACCACGCCGGAGCUGGAUGAACAUGGAUUUAGCCUCCGAGCGGCUCAAUGGCAGAGGUCCCAGCCCGAGAGGCAAAGCCUCCACCUCCCUGCAGUCCUUCAAGCGGAUCGGCAUCCUGGUCCUGGCAGUGGUGCUCACCCUCGCCUGCCUGGUUGCAGUUGGGUUCCUGGUCAAGGUUUACCUGGACCAAUACUACUUCUUCUGCAAACAGCCCCUGAAGCUGGUGCCGCUGCAGCAGGUCUGUGAUGGGCAUGUGGACUGUCUGCAGGGCGAGGAUGAGGCCAACUGUCCCCAGUGGGUCCCUGAGGGGCCACUAGCAGGGGCCCGUGUUUCCAAAGACAGAUCCAUCCUGCAGGUGCUUAACAGGAACACUGGAGACUGGUUCUGCAUCUGCCAUGACCACUUCAACCUGAUGUUGGCAAAAGCAGCCUGCGAGCAAAUGGGCUACAGGAGCAACCCCACAUUCACAGCAGUGGAAGCAGGCACUGGGCAGCCCCUGCCUCCCCGCGAGGUCGUGCUGGGGAACGGCAGCCUCCAGAUGCCCGAGCCAGGCCGGAAAUGCCUCUCUGGAGCUGUUGUUUCACUCUUCUGUUCCACAGAAGGCUGUGGGGAGAGCAUCAGGACUCCCCGUGUGCUGGGGGGGAGCCCAGCCACCAUCGAGGCUUGGCCAUGGCAGGUCAGCCUGCAGUACAAGAAGGAGCACAUCUGUGGGGGCAGCAUCAUCGACCGCAGCUGGAUCCUGACAGCCGCGCACUGCUUCAAGAACAACCCCAUUGUUCAGAGCUGGCGUGUGAAGGCCGGCUCCAACCUCCUCUCAGGCACCAGCACCCUUGCUGUGGAGAAGGUGUUCCUGGCUGGGGAGAUGCCCUCGUCUCCCAAGGACAAUGACAUUGCUCUGGUGAAGCUGCAGGCUCCCCUGCAUGUCUCAGACAGCAGCAAGGCCAUCUGCCUGCCCUAUUUCGAUGAGGAGCUGGAGCCAGGCACACCCCUGUGGGUGAUAGGCUGGGGCUACACGCAGAAGCGCGGCAAACUGUCUGAGGUCCUACAGCAGGCGGAGGUGAAGCUCAUUGAUGAGGAGAGCUGCAAUGCUGCUGCCUACCAUGGCGAGGUCACCGAGAAGAUGCUGUGUGCUGGCCUGCCCCAGGGAGGGGUGGACACGUGCCAGGGAGACAGUGGAGGGCCCCUGCUCUACUCCGGCAAGCACUGGCAAGUGGUGGGCAUUGUGAGCUGGGGCGAGGGCUGUGGCAGCCCCAGUAUGCCCGGUGUCUACACCAGCGUCCGUGCUUACCUCAACUGGAUCUACGCCGUGCGGAGGUCGGAGCUCUGAGACCUGCUGGGACAGGUCCUUCCCCUGCCCUCACACCUCCCUCCCCAUCCCUACACCCUUGGCUGCCUCAGCUCCGGCAUCAAAAGGUGAGUGGUGCCUCCCAAGCCCUCACUGCCAGGCUGUGGUUUAGCACACCAGAGGUCAGCCAAGGAGGCAAAGGGCAGCUCGGAGCAACGUCCACUGAUACCACGGAGGGAUCUGAGCAGCUCAAGCUCCUUCCGCAGAAGGAUUAAUUUAUUAGCCGGUGCUGACCCUGCUGUGGCAGGAAGGCUCCUGCAGGGCGAAGCUGCUCUUUGCUCACGCCUGUUCUAUAGGGAGAAAUGAUGUUUGUGCUAUGGAGUAACCCCAUUAAAAGAGUGUAUGGUUUUUUCACGCAGCC